AUGGCGAUGGCACGAAGCCUUGCCGCCGACCCCUCGCCGCUGAUCGACGCUCAGAUGAAGUGGUGGGACGGCUAUCUCAGGCUGUGGCAGCAGGGUGCCCAACGCCUACAGGGCGAGGCGCCGUCGGAGCCGAUCGUUGAGCCCGCGCCCGACGACCGGCGUUUUCGCGAUCCGGCUUGGACCGAGAACUGGGCCUUCGAUCAUCUGAAGCAGUCCUACCUGCUGACCGCCGCCUGCGUUCAGUCGGCGGUGGGGGACAUUCAGGGUCUGGAGGAAAGGGACGCCGCGAAGCUCGCCUUCUACAGCCGCCAAUUCGUCGACGCGCUGGCGCCCACCAAUUUUCUCGCCACCAAUCCGGCGGCCCUGCGGGAGACAGUCGAGACCAAGGGCGAGAACCUGCUGCGGGGCCUCCGCAACGUGCUCGACGAUCUCGAACGCAACGACGGCCGGUUCGCGCCGCGGAUGUCGGACGAAGGCCAUUUCACCCUGGGCGAGACCGUCGCGACGACGCCCGGAACGGUCGUCUUCCAGAACGACCUCAUGCAGCUGAUCCAGUAUGCGCCUGGCACGGAGACGGUGUAUCGCCGGCCGCUCCUCAUCGUGCCGCCCUGGAUCAACAAGUACUACGUGCUCGAUCUGCGGCCGAAGAACUCAUUCGUCAGGUGGGCGGUGUCGAAGGGCUACACGGUCUUCUUGAUCUCCUGGGUCAACCCGGACGAGCGGCUCGCGGAGAAGACCUUCGAGGACUACAUGCUGGAAGGCCCGCUGGCUGCGCUCGAUGCGAUUGCGGAGGCCACGGGCGAGCGCGAUGUGGCGCCGAUCGGCUACUGCCUGGGCGGCACGCUCACGGCGGCGACGCUGGCGUAUCUCGCGGCGCGGGGUGACGAGCGCAUCAAGAGCGCGACCUUCUUCGCCUCCCUUGUCGAUUUUGCAGAGCCCGGCGAGCUCGGCGUCUUCAUCGACGAUGCCCAGAUCGAGUCCCUCGACGCCAUGAUGGCGGAGAAGGGCUACCUCGACGGCCGCCACAUGGCGACGACCUUCAACAUGCUUCGCGCCAACGACCUGAUCUGGUCAUUCGUGGUCAACAACUACCUCCUCGGCCGGGAGCCGAUGCCCUUCGACCUGCUCUUCUGGAACUCGGACUCGACCCGGAUGCCGGCGGCGAUGCACGGCUACUACCUGCGCAAGAUGUAUCGGGAGAACCUGCUCGCCCAGCCAGGGGGCCUGAGCCUCGCUGGCGUUCCCAUCGACCUUCGCCGUAUCGACAUCCCGACCUAUAUCGUGGCGACGCGGGAGGAUCACAUCGCGCCGUGGCAGUCCUGCUUCGCCGCGUGCGGGCUCUAUGGGGGGCAGCGCCGCUUCGUGCUCGGCGCCUCCGGCCAUAUCGCCGGCAUCAUCAAUCCGCCCGCGGCCGGAAAAUACGGCUACUGGACCGGGCCGAUCGUGGAGUCGCAGGGUGCCGACGCCUGGCUCGCCGCCGCCGAGCGCCACGAGGGUUCCUGGUGGAACGACUGGCACGCAUGGCAGCGCCGCCGUGCCGGCGGCAACAAGGUGCCGGCGCGUGUUCCCGGCGCAGGAGCGCUCAAGCCGAUCGAGGACGCGCCGGGCUCCUACGUGCUGGCCGCAUGA